AUGUCGAAACGCGACAUCGUCCUCACCAAUGUCACCGUUGUCCAGCUACUGCGACAGCCAUGCCCGGUGGUGAGACCACCUCCCUCGCCUGAGCCUAAGGCUGAAGAGCCCCAACCCCAGGCAGAGCCAGUAAAGGAGGAAGUCAAGGUCCAGCCACAGCUGUCCCCACCUCCACAACCCAAGAAAAUCACCCCAGUUCGGGAGCACGUGGGCAUCAAUGGAUUCGGACGCAUCGGUCGCCUGGUGUUGCGAGCCUGCAUGGAGAAAGGUGUUAAGGUGGUGGCAGUGAACGACCCAUUCAUUGACCCAGAAUACAUGGUGUACAUGUUCAAGUAUGACUCCACUCACGGCAGAUAUAAGGGGAGCGUGGAACACAAGAAUGGACGGCUGGUUGUGGACAGCCACGAGAUCAUGGUGUACCAGUGCAAGGACCCCAAAGAAAUCCCCUGGAAGGAUGUCGGAUGCCCAUACGUGGUGGAGGCCACAGGCGUGUACCUGUCCCUAGCAGCAACUUCAGCACACAUCUCAUCUGGUGCCCAGCGUGUGGUCAUCUGUGCGCCCUCCCCAGAUGCGCCCAUGUUUGUCAUGGGUGUGAAUGAAAAUGACUAUAAUCCUGACUCCAUGAACAUUGUCAGCAAUGCAUCCUGCACUACUAACUGCCUGGCCCCCCUCGCCAAGGUCAUCCAUGAGCGAUUUGGGAUCGUGGAAGGGUUGAUGACCACAGUCCAUUCCUACACGGCCACCCAGAAGACAGUGGAUGGACCAUCAAAGAAGGCCUGGCGAGAUGGACGGGGUGCACACCAGAACAUCAUCCCAGCUUCCACUGGGGCUGCCAGUGCUGUGGGCAAAGUCAUCCCAGAGCUCAAAGGGAAGCUAACAGGAAUGGCGUUCCGGGUGCCAACCCCAGAUGUGUCUGUUGUGGACCUGACCUGCCGUCUGGCUCAGGCUGCCCCCUAUUCGGCCAUCAAGGAGGCCAUAAAAGCAGCAGCCAAGGGGCCAAUGGCUGGCAUCCUUGCCUACACUGAGGAUCAGGUGGUCUCCACGGACUUCAUCAGCGAUACUCACUCAUCCAUCUUCGAUGCUAAAGCUGGCAUUGCUCUCAGUGACAACUUCGUGAAGCUCAUUGCCUGGUACGACAACGAAUACGGGUACAGUCACCGGGUGGUCGACCUCCUCCGCUACAUGUUCAGCCGAAACAAGUGAACGCGGGGGAGGGCGCGCAGCGGAGGGCCUGACGCCGCAAGCUCCGCGAUGAAAUAAAAACCAGAGUGCUCGCAGCUGUGCCCGUGUCUCUGUGCCGGUCACGAGGGGGUCUGGUCUGGGUUCAAGGCUCGCCCACCGGCGAGGGGUGGCUUCCGGUUCGGAGCCGGGUUCCACUUCGGGGAAGCCGGGACAGCUGGCGCACUGCGGGGGAGCCAGCGUGGAGGGGAGGCUGUCCCGACCGGACUCG